ACUCACGCUUGUUUCAUCUUCCUCGCCGCUCUUUCUUCUUCUCGAUUCAAAACUCCAAGCCCCUUCUCCCCUCCCCACCCCACCCCCCAAAACCCUACCACAUCCUCCUCCACCGGCGCCAGCCAUGGCGUCGCGUCGCUCCCGUGACGCCCGCGACCCGGUGCUGGACAUGGUCUUCCAGGCGGCCUCCGACGACAACCUCCCCCUCUUCAAGGCGCUGGUCACGGUGCUGGACAUGGGCAGGGGCCGCCCCAAGGAGGCGAUUGAGGCGUUGAGGGUGCAAGAGGCUGGGAAGCUCCAAGGUUUCAGCGCGCUGCACGUCGCCGCCACUAGAGGGAGCCUGCGGGUGUGCAGGUACCUCGUCGAGGAGCUGCUGAUAGAUGUGGAUCUGGUCGACAAGGAAGGUAGAACACCUCUGUUGUUUGCAACAUACCACAAUGGGGGUACUGCCGAGUAUCUUCUUGAUCAUGGUGCUGAUCAAGACAAAGCCAAUAAUGAUGGGAUUUCCCUGUUACAUUAUGCCGCUGAAUCAGGCAAUUGUGAAAUGCUAGAGCUUUUGCUUGCAAAAGGAGCUUAUGUUGACCCGGUAGCUCCUCAUGGAACACCACUUCAUGGUGCUGCUGGUGAAGGGCAAUAUGGUGCUGUGAAGAUUUUAUUGGACCACAAUGCAGAUUACAACAAGAUGGUAAAUGGUGUGACACCUCUUAUGGCUGCUAGAGAUGCCAACUCAACGGAAUGUAUCAAGCUCCUAGUUAAGGUUCAGGAGGAGCCCAUGCUUAAACGGGAAAUCAUGGCAUCAGAGCUUAUAUCACUAGGGAGUAUCUCUUUAAAGAAGAAAGAUUAUGCUGUUGCAGCAAAAUUGUACAGUCGGGCAAUGCAGCUUGAUCCUGAUGAUGCAGUCUUGUUCUCAGACAGGAGCUUUUGUUGGCUUCACAUGGGCGAUGGAAGAAAGGCUUUGCUAGAUGCUAAUAAAUGCAGAAAAAUGCGGCCUCACUGGCCAAAAGCUUGUCGCCAGCAGGGUGAAGCUCUGAUGCUACUGAAGGACUAUGAGGGCGCAAGUGAACGGUUCUUGGAUGGUCUCAAAUUGGACCCAGUGGACACUGACAUUGAGGAUGCAUUACGGGAAGCUAUGAAGUCCUUGAAGACGUCUCGGAGCACGAAAGCCAGGUGACUGUUUGGGUGUCGCAGGGAAAUCAGUUGAAGACUUGAAAAUGGCUCAGGAGUUUCUUCAUUGCGCAAAGACUGGUUUCCUUUAUUAGAAAGUAAAGCGAAGUGUCUGAUGAGAGUAUUACCGUUGCAAGUUUGUAUGAGCUUGGCUGUUGAUCAAUGCAGUAAUGUUGGUGGAAGCUCGUCAGUUGCCACCUAUCUAUCCUAUGUCAGGUUUGCGGGUCUUGUGUGAAGCUCACUCGCCCGCAGCACGCCGUGUGCCGCGUCCACCAAAAGAUCGCAGCCUUUGCAUUUGUCUUGUUAGUACAAUGUAUGUAGUGACGACGGAGGAGAGGGAUAUGUUUUGUUGGUUUUCUUCGUCCUGUGGCUGCACAAGAAGAGGAGAGCUAGUAUAUAUAUAUACAAAACCUUUUAUGGUAUCAGUAAACUGUUAGCCGAGUUUAAUAGUUUCUGCAUAUAUUUGGAUGUUCA